GCGAAUAUAAUCUUUGAUAGCGUGACACGAAGUAAUUUGGGCGACAGGUCGUUGCACAUAUUCGAGAAGAAGUACAAUGGAGUAACUUCCAAAAUUCGCUUGAGGACUAAGCAAGUGGUUUCUGGAUUAAUGCUGAUUUAAAAUUCUGCGAAAAACGUUUAAAACAGUCUGAUGGAAGAGCUUGUUAAGACGAGUCUUCGUAGAACUACUUUUCUAUACGUCUACGCUUUCAUUGGAGGAUGUAUAUUCUAUGUCAUUGAAUACAAGCCUGAAAAAAACAGGAUAGCUUACUCGAGACUCGCCCACGAGCUCCAACGUAACUUCACGAAUAGAUUUAAUAUAUCGGUGAACGAGAGUGAUUUAGAACGCUUUAUGCAGACAGCUUUCGAGAUUGUAAGAAACGGCAACAAAGCAGACUGGGGAAUUUUAACCGGUGCUUCAUUUGCGAUGACUUCAUUAACCACAAUUGGUUAUGGACACAUAACCCCUGAAACACAACUUGGUCAACUUCUCACUGUCUUUUAUUGCAUCGUGGGACUGCCAUUAUCAACUUUGGCCUUAAAGUCAAUGGGAGAACUAAUCGCCAAGAUCGUAUAUGAGAUCGUUUAUCGGGUGGAGACAAAAAUACUUUGUAGAAUGAGACCUCGAAAGGUUAAGAUAAAAACUUUUUUCAUAACUUUCACACUGAUGAUUUUGACCUUAUGUAUCGGUGCUUUAACACAGAAGUACCUGGAAGGUUGGACUUUCAUAGAAGGUUUCUAUGCAUGGUUCGCUUCACUCUCCACUAUUGGAUACGGCGAUUACGUUCCUGGUUGGAAAUUUGUGAAAAAUGCUGAAGACUCCGCAGCAGACAUUUGGAUAUUGAUAACUGCACUAUCUCUUCCCGGCAUGGCGACACUCUGUGUAGUCUCGGGCGUGAUUAAUUCACUUGUUGAAGCUUAUGAUGAAUUUAAAAUCCAAUGUGACGUUUGUUCUCGGUGUCCUACUUGCAAAAGGAGAAAGUAUGAAAAAGCUAAAGGAAAACGCAGGACGAAAAAGUAUGCUGGUGGUGUAACACAGGAAAAUCAUAGAAAAAUUGAGUCCUUGAACGCUUGUGGCGAAAGAGAAAGAUCGGCUUCUGUUUAAUAGACCAACCCUGUCUUAAGACAAGUUUUGAUACACUUUCUUUAAAAAGGAUGUUUUCCGGAUCAGUAUUUUAUCUUUUUUCACCGACCUUACCAUGAUAAUGUUUUUGUUGCUGAUGCAAUUACCACAUUUCUCGGUAAUUGAAA